UACCGCAGGUUUCGCGGGCAAUAACUAACUUACCAGUCCGCCGGACAUCUUCAACCAACCACCUCAUGGUCUUCCUCGCCUCCGGCCGGCGAGCUAAACUGUCCGCCGCGGAGACCGUCCACCGUAGUAUCCAGCUAGGAACAAGGCACGCAAGAUGAGCAUGAUCGACGUGCUCAUCCGGUUGGACGCCAUCUGCAGCAAGUACGACAAGUACGACGCCGACAAGCACCGGGCUGACGCCGCCGGCGGCGACCCCUUCUCCCGCCUCUACGCCGCCGUCGACGCCGAGAUCGAUGUCGCCAUGGAGAAAUCCGAGAGGGCCGCGACGGAGAGGAACCGGGCGGCGGCGGUGGCCCUCAACGCCGACGUGCGGCGCACCAAGGCGAGGCUCAUGGAGGAGGCCGUCAAGCUCCGGAAGCUAGCCGCCAAGAAGGUGAAAGGGCUCUCGCCGGAGGAGGCGGAGCUGCGGCGUGAUCUGGUCUCGGCAUUGCCCCAUAGGAUCCAAUCAAUCCCUGACGGCGGCGGGGGCGGUGGCGGCGGCGCUGCCGUGGGUCAGAACGGCGGCGGGAACGUCCGGCCGGGGAUCAAAUUCGAUUCUUCAGCUGAGGAUUUGGACGAGGGGUACUUCCAAACCAGUGAAGAAUCAGAGGAAUUCAGAAGAGAGUACGAAAUGCGACGAACAAAACAGGAUGAAGGGCUGGAGUUCAUCUCUGAAGGUUUGGACACACUGAAAAACCUGGCAGAGGACAUGAACGAGGAGCUGGAUAGGCAGGUCCCUCUGAUGGAUGAGAUUGACAACAAGGUUGAUAAAGCCAAUGUAGACCUCAGAAAAACUAAUGUGAGGCUAAAAGAAACAGUCAACCAGUUUCGAUCGACCAGGAACUUCAUAAUUGAUAUUAUUUUGAUUUGUGUCAUUCUUGGCAUUGCUGGAUACCUCUAUGACAUACUCAAUCAAUGAACCUCACUGAUAACAUCAGCAUCCCCUGAACAGGAAGACAGAAUUAUAUGCUUCAAAAUUCAUCUAUACAUGAUGUAAAAGAGUAAUCUUUGCCAUGGCUCCGAGCAACCACCUCUGUUUAUGUUUGUUAUAAGAGAUUAUGUUGAUUGAUUAUGUGAUUGUAGCCAUAUCUGAUAAAGUUAUUAGCAAAUUCUCCAAUGAGCUUCAUCCAGCAUGAAGUAUCUUUCGCAUAUUGUGCUGAAGAAGUUGAGGUAGCUUACAGAAAAGAAAAAAAACAUCAUGCAGGAGAAGAAUCAAAGAAAGUAUCAUGCCAUG